CUAAAGGAUCCAGUAACUAUUCCCUGUGGACAUAGUUACUGUAUGAGCUGCAUUAAGAGCUGCUGGGAUCAGGAAGAUCAUGUUGGAGUUUACAGCUGCCCCCAGUGCAGACAGACCUUCAUACCCAGACCUGUUCUGAACAGAAACACCAUGCUGGCUGAAGUGGUGGAGAAACUGAAGAAGACUGGACUACAAGCAGCUGCUCCUGCUGACCAGUAUGCUGGACCUGGAGAUGUGGAGUGUGACGUCUGUACUGGGAGAAAACACAAAGCUGUCAAGUCCUGCCUGGUGUGUCUGGCCUCCUACUGUGAAACUGACCUGCAGCUUCACAAUAAACUCCACCAUGCAAAACAGCACAAGCUCAUUGAUGCCAUCGGCCAUCUGAAGGACAAGGUCUGUUCCCACCAUGACAAACCGCUGGAGGUCUACUGCCGUACCCACCAGCAGUGUAUCUGUUAUCUCUGUACGAUGGAUGAACACAGAGGCCAUGAUACAGUCUCAGCUGCUACAGGAAGGGCGGAGAUACAGAAACAAAUGGGUGAAACACAGAGGGAAUUUCAGCAGAGAAUUCAGAUGAGAGAGAAGGAGCUGCAGGAGCUGAGAGAGACUGUGGGCUCAGUCACAAGCUCAGCACAGUCAGCAGUGGAGGACAGCGAGAGGAUCUUCACUGAGAUAAUCAGCUCCAUUGAGAGAAGAUGCUCUGAGGUGACAAAGCUGAUCAGAGAUCAGGAGAAGGCUGCAGUGAGUCAGGCUGAAGGAGACAUGGAGAGACUGAAGCAGGAGAUCGAUGAACUGAAGAGGAGACACUCUGAGCUGGAGCAGGUUUCACACACAGAGGAUCACAUCCAUUUCCUCCAGAGGCGCCAGGCUCUUCCUGUCACUCCUGAAGCUGGAUUUGGACCCAGAAUCUCUGUCAGUCCCAGAUCUGAUUUUGGGAAUUUGAGGAAGGCGGUUUCUGAGCUGAAAGAUCAACUGGAGAAUUUUUGCAGAAUGAAAAUGGCAGAGAUCCAUCACGCAGUUACCAAAGACACCGUCCUACCGGUAUUAGUGCCCAGGACCAGAGCAGAAUUCUUACACUCUUCCGUUGGGCGGAUUUUAAGCAGAGCUUGGGCUGGACCUGGGAACACUGUACUGAUGCCUCAUUUCCACCAACAUGGAGCCGGUGCUGGGCUGGUUGUCACGUGAUGCCUUUUCAGAACCUGCCUGUGUUUCCACCAGUUUAAAAAAUUAACAUAGUUGACAGUGAAAGUAAAGGUUCAUAUGUAUUCCGUUUUGUGGGAUUUGUUCUUUUCUGUUCCAGAAUAAGUUUUUAUAAGCUGCCAACUGUCCUUUUAAUGAUCACGCUAUUAAAGAUGCCAAUAACUGAACUUUGUAAUCUGCCUCAUAAUCUGCGGCAUGGUUUUCAUUUACAAUGCAAAGUUACUCCGAUAAUAAGCUGGCUAGUUGUUUUACUGCUGCCACCGGAAAUAUUAGACAAAACUAUAUUGGUGAUUGACUGAAUUAUCCAGGUAUGCGGACGGUUUGGACACGAUGGCCCCUCCCACUUGCACUGAUGUUAUGAGAACUAUUUUUUUAAUUUUUUGUGGUGGCCUGUAGCCUUGUGCCUUUGACUGAAUCACAGCCAUGAUAUACCGGAGUAUCUUCUCAUAUGUCAUUGCUUAAUUAUACUGCACUCAUAAAGCAUUCUAAAC